CCUAACGCGAUCACUUUGCUCGUACUCGAGUGUGAAUCGCGCAUUCUUGCUCAAGAUCAAACUACUGUUCGCCGACGACAAUAAUUAUUGUUGUUGUUAAUCGGUCCGCGUAAAAAGAUGUCCAUGUCCACGCUGAAAACGCCCKUGAUGAACAACAUCGCCAAACGGUGUUACGCCAGCAAGGCGGCCGCGGCGCUGUCCGUCAAAGGCCCGCAGGUGCAGACGAAAAAAUUGGCCAACAACUCGCUGGUCGUGGCCGUUCCCGACUACCCGACCAAGAUCGGACGGGUGUCGGUGACCUUCUUGGCCGGAUCGCGGUACGAAGAGCCGGAAAACUCGGGAAUCUCACACCUGGUGCGCAGCUCGGCCGGUCUGAGCACCGAAUCGUCGUCCACGUUCUCGAUCGUCCGCAACCUGGGCCACUUGGGCGCCAACUAUUACGCCACGUCCGACCGGGAGACGAUCACGUACACGAUCGAAGCGCACAAGGACAACCUGGUCAGCGGGCUCAAGUACUACAUCGAGUCCAUCUCGAACCAGACGUUCAAGCCGUGGGAGCUGUCCGACAACGUGAAGCGCGUCCAGUACGAACUGCUCAGCCUGUCGCCCGAGCAGAGGGUCUUGGAUAUGGCGCACAAGGCGGCGUACAGGCACGGCCUGGGCAACACCGUGUUCCUGCCCAAGUACAACGUCAAGAAACUCGGCACGGAACACCUGCUGUACUACGUCAAGAAGAACUUCAACGGCCAGAACGCCGUCAUAUCCGGCGUCGGCGUCGACAUGGACACGCUGGUGCACGUCUCGGAAGACCUGAGCCUGCCCAACGGGGACGCCAACGGAUCGGCCAAGUCAAAGUACUUCGGCGGCGACCUGAGAAAGUCAAAGCCGUUGGACGUGACGUAUUUGGCCGUCGUCGGCGAGGGAGUCGGCUACAGUGAUCCGCAGAGCGCCGCCUAUGCCGUACUCCAGUACGUGCUGGGCAAGGGAUCGUCGGUGAAAUGGGGAGUCGGACAGGGAGUAUUGGAACAGAGCGUCCUAAAAUCAAACUGUUCCGACAAUUUCGCAGUGUCCGCCGUGAACUACAACUAUUCCGAUUCCGGUCUGUUUGGUUUCCUGUUGGCGUACAACGGCAAAGACGUCGCCACCGUGUUGAAGCCUGCCGUGCAGAGUCUGAGGUCGCCCACGGUUAACGACACCGAAGUGAACAGGGCCAAGAGACAAUUGAUCCUGUCGCUCGUGUCUGCGUCAGAGUCCAGCGCCAGCGUCCACGAGAACAUUACUUACCAAGCCGCCACCACCGGACAAGUYAUGCCGUUUGAAAAGUUGAUCGCGUCUGUCGAAGCCGUCACCGUCGAGGGUGUGAAGAAAGCAGCCGCCAAAAUAGCAGGUGGCAAGCUGUCGUUGGCUGCAUACGGUAAUGUAGCAAACACACCUUACUUGGAUAAUUUGUAGUUUAGCGUUUGAUUUCGACGAUAGUAAAAUAUUGAACUCUAAAUAUACCUUUAUUGUUUAAAUGAUUUUUUUUUUUUUACAUUUACCUAAAUGUCUG